UUUUCUAAAACCUCCUUUCACCUGUGUUUCAGGAACUAAUCAAAACAUGUCAGCCGAAAAAAAGAAAUCGGAUUCCAGUUCUGCUCCAACUCCCCCGGCUUUGCCUGCACCCCUCAGUGAUUUGAAGAUUAAAUAUACCAAGAUAUUUAUAGACAAUGAAUGGCAUGAUUCAGCUAGUGGCAAAAAAUUCCCUGUCCUUAACCCCGCAACUGGAGAGAAAAUUUGUGACGUGGAGGAAGGUGAUAAGGAAGAUGUCGACAAAGCUGUCAAAGCAGCGAGAAAAGCUUUCGAGUUUGGUUCCCGUUGGCGAACAAUGGAUGCUUCAGUAAGAGGAAGGCUAUUGAACAAACUGGCUGAUUUAAUCGAGAGGGAUCGCCUCCUGUUAGCUACGAUGGAAAGCAUUAAUGGAGGAAAGCUUUUUGCCAACUCCUACCUGAUGGACCUAGGUGGCUGUAUCAACACUUUACGCUACUGUGCAGGCUGGGCUGAUAAAAUCCAAGGACGGACUAUCCCAAUGGAUGGAAACUAUUUCACAUUUACAAGACACGAGCCUGUUGGCGUCUGUGGCCAAAUUAUUCCCUGGAACUUCCCGCUGGUUAUGUUCAUUUGGAAGAUUGCCCCAGCUCUGUGCUGUGGAAACACAGUGGUGGUCAAACCGGCAGAGCAAACUCCACUGACUGCUCUUCAUAUGGGUUCGCUAAUUAAAGAGGCAGGAUUUCCACCUGGAGUAGUGAAUAUCGUACCAGGGUACGGACCCACUGCGGGAGCAGCCAUCUCAAAUCACAUGGACAUAGAUAAAGUGGCAUUCACCGGCUCCACAGAGGUUGGCAAAAUGAUCAAAGAGGCUGCUGGCAGGAGCAAUCUGAAGAGAGUCACCCUGGAACUCGGAGGGAAAAGCCCCAACAUCAUAUUUGCAGAUGCCGAUUUGGACAGUGCUGUGGAAUAUGCUCACAAUGGCCUGUUCUACCAUCAGGGACAGUGCUGCAUCGCUGGCUCUAGGAUUUUUGUAGAGGAGAAGAUCUAUGAUGAAUUUGUGCGAAGGAGCGUGGAGAGAGCUAAGAAAAACGUGCUAGGCAAUCCUCUGACGCCUGGAGUAAAACAAGGCCCUCAGAUUGAUAAGGAGCAGUAUGAUAGAAUACUUGCACUAAUUGAGACCGGGAAAAAAGAAGGAGCCAAACUGGAAUGUGGAGGAGGCCCUUGGGGAGACAAAGGCUUCUUCAUCCAGCCUACAGUUUUCUCUGAUGUCACAGAUGACAUGCGUAUCGCCAAAGAGGAGAUAUUUGGGCCAGUCCAGCAGAUCAUGAAGUUCAAAACUAUAGAUGAAGUGAUUAAGAGAGCAAACAAUACCCACUAUGGCUUAGCUGCGGCAGUGUUCACCAAAGAUAUUGAUAAGGCUCUGACAUUUGCUGCUGCCCUUCAAGCUGGAACUGUCUGGGUUAACUGCUACAGUGCAAUGUCUGCCCAGUGUCCUUUUGGAGGUUUCAAAAUGUCAGGAAAUGGCAGAGAGCUGGGAGAGUAUGGCCUUCAUGAGUAUACAGAAGUCAAGACAGUCACAAUCAAAAUUCCACAGAAGAAUUCAUAAUGUCACUUCAGAAUGUGAUAAAGUCAAAUAUUAAGCAAAAUUGCAAAGUUCAGCUAUGUUGCAAACUGUUUUGUAGCAGAAGUUCUCAUUUAUUUUUCCUUUCUUUCUGUAAAAACAAAUACUUUUAACAAAUAUUAACUGUCACUUAGAAAAACUUUAAUGUCUUUAAUUGAGAAAGGGAAAUCUUAAUGUGAGGACCGAAUUAAAAUAUUGCCCUCUAUUUUAAUAAAUUUGUAGUGCUGUAGAAAAUACAUAUUGACACUGUCUGGUUUAGUGUGCUAUUGUGGAGUUUUAAUCUGUUUUCCUUCCCUUGUUACAAGCUUGGCAAAAGCACAUGCGGCUAUCCAAUAUGUAUUUCAUUAUCAGGGAAAAUCAUUAGCUACUUUCUGUUAUAUGUUGUAGCUUUGAAUCUGUUCAUUUUAACUUCUGUACAGAGGUAUUCUGGAUGUAAACUUUAUUAAAACCUACUGUUUUAACAGUUA